ACGAUAUUCGAGACCGAGACUCUAUUGUGGUGGACGGUGGUGCCGCCGCCGCUUUGCUCGCACUGUUACUCGCGAAUAAGACCCAAAUACUGAGAGAGGCUCUCGGCACGAGUGCGUUGUGUUAUUGUUAUUGUUUUUGAGAUUUUGACAGGACUAAGAUAGCUAGAGAAUGGCAUUGAACGCCGCGAAGACGUGCAGACAGCUGGGCCAGAGCUGCAGCCGAUUGCUGAGAGCCCGAGUGGUCCAGGACAGCGCCGCCAAGUAUCAACUUUUCCGCGCUGCUUCUUCCAAGGCAGGCGGAUUUAGAAAGGAGCGCGACACGUUCGGCGAGCUGCAAGUGCCGGCCGACAAAUACUAUGGCGCCCAAACGAUGCGCUCGGUCAUCAACUUUCCCAUCGGCGACCAGGCCGAGAGGAUGCCGAAAGGCGUGAUCCAAGCCAUGGGCAUCCUGAAGAAGGCCGCCGCCGAGGUCAACAAGGAGUUCGGCCUCGACCCCAAACUCGCCGACGCCAUCAGUAAGGCAGCCGACGACGUGAUCAGCGGCAAGCUCUACGACGAUCACUUCCCCCUCGUCAUCUGGCAGACCGGCUCGGGCACCCAGACCAACAUGAACACCAACGAGGUCAUCUCGAAUCGGGCCAUCGAGCUGCUCGGCGGCGAACUCGGCUCCAAGAAUCCGGUCCACCCCAACGACCACGUGAACAAGUCGCAGAGCUCCAACGACACCUUCCCCACGGCCAUGCACAUCGCCGUCGCCGUGGAGAUCGACCGGUGUCUGCUGCCUGGCCUCAAGCAGCUUCACACCGCCCUCGACGACAAGGCCAAGGCCUGGAAGGACAUCAUCAAGAUCGGCCGUACCCACACCCAGGACGCCGUUCCCUUGACCCUUGGCCAGGAGUUCUCGGCCUACGCCACGCAGAUCGAGUACGGCAUCGCCCGCGUCAAGGACACCCUGCCCCGGCUCUAUCAGCUGGCCCUGGGUGGCACCGCCGUCGGCACCGGUCUCAACACGCGCAAGGGCUUCGCCGAGAAGACCGCCGCCAGGAUCGCCUCGCUCACCGGUCUGCCCUUCGUCUCGGCGCCGAACAAGUUCGAGGCCCUCGCGGCCCACGACGCCCUCGUCGAGGUGCACGGCGCCCUCAACACCCUCGCCUGCUCGCUCAUGAAGAUCGCCAACGACAUCAGGUUCCUGGGCAGCGGACCCCGCUGCGGCCUCGGCGAGCUCUCCCUGCCCGAGAACGAGCCCGGCAGCUCGAUCAUGCCCGGCAAGGUCAAUCCCACCCAGUGCGAGGCCAUCACCAUGGUCUGCGCCCAGGUCAUGGGCAAUCACGUGGCCGCGAGCGUGGGUGGCAGCAACGGCCACUUCGAGCUCAACGUGUUCAAGCCCGUGAUCGUGGCCAACGUGCUGCGCUCCGCCCGACUGAUCGGCGACGCCUCCGCGGCCUUCUCCAAGAACUGCGUCGUCGGCAUCAAGGCCAACACCGACGCCAUCGCCAAAAUCAUGAACGAGAGUCUCAUGCUCGUCACCGCCCUCAAUCCUCACAUCGGCUACGAUAAGGCCGCGGCGAUAGCCAAACAAGCCCACAAAGAGAAUCUGACGCUGAAGGAGUCGGCCCUGAAGAACGGCCUCACCUCCGAGCAGUUCGAUCAAUGGGUCAAGCCCGAAGACAUGCUAGGACCCAAGUAGUUUGCUGGAUAGAUUACUUACUAUAAAAACGUUUUACUUAAGCUACACAUAGUGUAACCCGGAAUAAUUACGACAUUCACAAAAGAGAGAAAAAAGACCGAAGAUGUGCGAUCAUUGUUAUCGGUCCAGCCGCAAAAGUGUAUAUAUAAUAUAAAAACAUAUGUAGGCCUUAGAUUAAUGUACACGCCAGUAAUUGUAUGUGUUCUCGAGGUCGGCGGUUGUAAUCAUCAUUGUUUAUAUAUGCAGAAUCAGCUCUCGUCUUUCGC